GUAAAGUCCGAGGAAGCAACAGGAAGAGCAAGAUAGACUAAGUAAAGAGAAAAUAACGGGAUGGGUGUAGUUUAGCAAAAAUUAAAUCAGCACAAAUUACGUGCCAAUAAUCAACUCUUGAUUUUCUGGACUAAUGGAAAUGAGAAGAAGGAUGAGUGAAUCCAAACCAAGAGAGUAAUUUUGAAAAAUUAUACUUGAUUUUAGAAUUCAGCCAGAGGUACAUGAACCACAGAUGUUCACCACCCCUCCCAGGACCAAGUUCAUUUUCAGCAGCCCAAGCGAGACGACUGGAAAUGAAGCUUACUAGAAAGCAGCACUCGACUAAAACCUCACGAAGCCCAGAACUACAGAAAGAAGGCAUUGUGGGUCUCCUGGUUCUCCAUUAUUGUCACACUGGCCCUGGCGGUGGCUGCCUUCAGCUGCUCAGGGCUACAUCUGAAGUCUCACCCUCAAGCCUGCCGGGUCGGCCACGUCCCCAGAGGGGCCAGGCAGCUGUCUCCGUUAUGAGGUACAGCGCCUCUGCUUUUGGGUUUGCAUUUGAUGCCAUCCUUGACGUCCUGUCGUCAGCAAUUGUCCUGUGGCGUUACAGCAACGCGGCCGCUGUACACUCUGCCCAUAGGGAAUACAUAGCCUGUGUCAUCUUGGGGGUGAUAUUCCUGCUGUCAUCCAUAUGCAUAGUGGUCAAAGCCAUCCAUGACCUCUCCACGAAGCUGCUCCCAGAAGUGGAUGAUUUCCUGUUCAGCGUCUCCAUUUUAAGUGGGAUCCUAUGCAGCAUCCUGGCCGUGCUGAAGUUCAUGCUGGGGAAGGUGCUGACCAGCAGAGCGCUCAUAACGGAUGGGUUUAACUCCCUGGUCGGGGGGGUGAUGGGCUUCUCCAUCCUUCUGAGCGCGGAGGUGUUCAAGCACAACUCGGCGGUCUGGUACCUGGAUGGCAGCAUCGGUGUACUCAUCGGCCUCACCAUAUUUGCCUACGGGGUUAAGCUCCUCAUCGAUAUGGUGCCCAGGGUGAGGCAGACGCGCCACUACGAGAUGUUUGAGUGAAGGGACCAGAGCCGGCCGCCCAGCAUCUGCAGGACGGCUGUCAGGACGACGAGAGGUCACCACCCAGGCAGACGGUGCCAACGUUUCACUGAACAUCCAAUCUCUUUUUUGGAAAGCGCGUGCCCACGGGAACGAGUUCUACCCAGCAGGUCGGACGGCACCGCUCCCCGCUCCCUCCACCGCCCCCGCCAAACACCCCAGGACAAGGUGCACGGAGGCGGGGAGAGGGUCCCCACCUCCAGAGGGAGCGGACCUUUUCUAUCUUCUGUGGUAAGAAGUGUCUGGUGGGUAAGAAAGAUAAGAGCUCUGCUUGGCAGAAAGCCCUUCUGUGGUGCUCCAAGCCUGAAAUGGGUAGCAACUGACCAGACCCACCUCCUUGGGACUCCACGUGGGCCCCGCCACCUCGUAUUCCAGAGUCUCCCGUCCCCUGGCAGAUUUUAAGAGAAGACCGUACCCUUCUGUCCAUUAGUAUAUAUCUCACUUCCUAAUUUCUAUCAGUGUAUUUCAUUAGUUUCAUACUGUUUUACUAAUCCUGGAUUGAAACAACAGAUUUGUUCAAAAGGAGACCAUUCUAUUUUUAAAGUCCUUAGUGAUAGAUGUAUGAGCUUUGCAUGGUCGAACUCAGCAGCACACGACCCUUUCUUGUACAGUCAGAACCUGAACAUAACAUGGAAAAACAGGAUCCACUUUGGGGCGAUGUGAAACUACAGUGUAUUUGUAAUAAAUGACUCUGUAGCCUACCCUGCGAUGCAUAGAUCUAUAUGCUGUGUCACGUGGCCAUGGUGCAUUACAGUUUGUGCGAUGGCUUACCGCUCUGUAAGGAACAAGAUGUUCCCUCGGUUUACGUCAUGUUAGUCGUAGAUUCUGUAAGAACGUCCCCCAACACGCACUAUUCUGUACCUCUGUCUAGCACUGCUGCUGUGCAGGGGACGGUGUCUGACCAAUAAAGACCUUUCCCUGUUUUGUA